AAUUUAUUUAAUUUUUUAUUAUAUUAUUUCAUAGAGAUAUCUUAUUAUAAAAAGUCAAUAAAACAAAUAAUCAAUAUGGUGGCACAUUAUGAUGAAAAUUUACUUUCUGAUAUGUUGCCGGUAUAUUAUACAAGAUUAUUCCCUCAAAACAUUUUCUGCAGAUGGCUUGCUUGUGGAAAUAGUCCACAGCCCCUUUCUAAUAGAGAAUUGUCUUUUACACUGGCUGAUGAUGUUUAUAUACGAUAUUUAUCUAUAAGCAAUCAGAAGGAAUUUCAAGCAUUGCUUCAAAAGAAAUGUCCAUAUAAAUUGGAUAUUGGCGCUGUUUAUAAUAAUAAACCUUCCAUUUCAAGGCAUGAUGCUGUAGUGCUUGCUAGAGAGUUAGUGUUUGAUAUAGAUUUAACUGAUUAUGAUGAAGUCAGAACAUGUUGUCAAGAGGCUAAAGUUUGUGAUAAAUGCUGGAAAUUUAUGGUCAUUGCCUGUGAAAUCAUUCAUACAUCGUUAAAGGAUGACUUUGGUUUCCAGAAUAUUCUUUGGGUAUUUUCUGGAAGACGUGGGAUUCAUUGUUGGGUGUCUGAUUUUGAAGCAAGAACACUAGACAGCCCAGGAAGAGGAGCAAUUGCUGAUUAUCUGUGUUUAAUUAUAGGUGGAGAUAAUCAGAACAAAAAAGUUCACUUGGGAGUAGACAAUCUUCAUUCAAGCAUCAGAAGAUCUAUUGGUAUCAUUGACAAAUAUUUUGAUGAAGUAAUGCUGGAUCAAGAGUUUAUAGGAACACCAGAACGGUUACAGAAGUUAUUGAAAAUGAUUCCAGAUGAAACUUUAAGAGAUAUAGUUGAAAAUAAUUUAACAAAAAUGCCGCAAUCAUCUUUGGAGAGAUGGAAGUCAUUUGUUAAUAUUUAUGAUACAUAUUUAAGAGAAAAUGGCAAUGCAAUUCGCAAGAUAAAGUAUUUAUUAGAAGAAAUUAAAAUACAAUACUGUUAUCCACGAUUAGAUGUUAACGUUACAAAAGGAUUUAAUCAUCUUCUGAAAUCGCCCUUCAGUAUACAUCCCAAAACUGGGAAAGUUUCAGUAGUAUUUAAACCAAAUAAUGCAAGAAAUAUGAAAUUAGAUGAAAUACCAACAAUAUACACUUUACUUGAUGACAGCUCUCCAGACAAUGUACAACAUCAGAACAACAUGAGGAGUGCAGUGAAAAUUUUUCAGGAAGUAGUUUUCUCUUUAGAGAAAGCAGAAGCAAUGAGAAGAAGAAAUGAUGCUAAUACUACUCUGGAAUUCUGAAGAGAUAUAAGAAUUUGAGACAACUUUUGAAAUAAAUUUUACAAUAUAAAUCUAACAGAUCUUGUUUAUUUGUGUAUAAAAAUAGUUUUUCAAUUAACUCAAAGAACAAUUUAAUAAAAUUUCAAUUACCCCAUUCUACACUACACUACACUCAUGUUUUACACGAUUCACUCUAUACCAUGAAACAAAAUACAUGUACAUGAAAUAAAAUAUUUUAUCAUUGAAAAAAUUAUAAAAUAUAUCAUCUAUUAAAAGCAGAUUUAUUUUAAGUCGGAAAUAUUAUGUUCUUGUUUAGGCUUUACAAACUAUUAUUCAAUUAUUUGUUGAACUUAAUGUGGUUACAUUUGCAGUUUUAAAAUUUAUAAACAAUUGAACAUUUCUAGUUCAAAGCUAGUGUGCUUUAUUUUCAAUCACAUAUAUUUUGUUCUGCAUUAAGUCAAGUAGUUGAUAUAUAAGAAAAUCUAUUAAGCCAUUUAAAUGCUGUUAUGGUUAUCUCUUAGUUGUAAUAUAGUUAUUUUAGGUGCUAAUUAUAACGUAGUAGGGAAUUUAUUUCUUCAUUGUGAGACUGCUUCAUAUAGAGCAACUUAGUGCUACGUUUAAGAAAUCUUCAAAUCCUAUGGUAACUGUUCCAUUUUGCUGAGUGUCACGCUUUCUAAAGGCUUCCGUGAAACGUUGAAUUUGAACACAUAAUACAAUAAAGCUAUCCACUGAAAUUUUUCCUUCUUUCGAAUCACUUCUCUUAGCUAAGAAGUUUAUGAAUUCAGGCGAAAACCGAAAUCCCAUUUGGUUUAGUGCUAAAAUAUAAAAAAAAUGUGACUGUUAGACAAAUGUAUUGUGGGCGAUAAAAUUUUAGAAAUAAUUUACAAGUAUAUAUAAUUUUUAUACCCUUAGACAACUCUUGUUCAUCAAUUUGCCCUGAUUGAUCUACGUCAUACGUUUUAAAAACAGCUAACCAUUGGUUGAUAUAGGUAUAUAAUUUGUCGAAUUCUUCAACAUUGAUGUGCCCAGAACGAUCCUUGUCAAACAUGCCUGAAAGAAUACAAAAAAAUUAGUAAGGCCAUAGAUAGAAAACAUAGGACAGAAUUCUAAAACAAUAAUUAAGAGUGGAAGACAUAAAUGUCUAUUGUGUGUGUGGCAACCAUACAAGACAUUGUUAGUUUUGUGUUAGGCGAAAUUACCAAACACAACCAUUCCGCCCCGCUCGAUCCCUUCGACUCAAAAGUUGCAGGUUCAUAUGACACUACACAAUGUACGCAUUCACAUAGUGAUACAAUAAUACACUAAUAGGAUAACUGUUGGGACGUGCCGCGUCCACAGACAGGCUCGACACGCACCCUUCCACACUACGUACAUUUUACACCCCCUGUACGGUUCUCAGUUCCCGAUCGACUGACAAGUUAAACUGUCAAUAAUUGGCCUGUUACUUACAUGUUAGUAAAUUAGUAACAGGCCACUGAAAUUUGUAAAUUCUAUGGAGUUUUCGAAUGUAAAAAAAAAGUACUUAUUAUC